AUGUCCUCAUCAGCAGCAGGUUUCGAUAGACACAUUACGAUUUUUUCGCCCGAAGGUCGACUCUAUCAGGUAGAAUAUGCAUUCAAAGCCAUCAAUUCGUCCAACAUCACUUCCAUGGGUAUCACCGGUACUGAUUGUGCUGUAUUAAUUCUGCAAAAGAAAAUACCAGAUAAGUUACUCGACCCAGCCACCGUAUCAUACAUGUUCAAAAUCACGCCAUCCAUUGGUCUUGUCGCUACUGGGUCAAUUGCUGAUGCCAGAGCCCAGGCAUUGAGAGCCAGGUCCGAAGCUAGUGAAUUUAGAUAUAAAUACGGUUACGAAAUCCCCGUCGAAGGAUUGUCCAAGAGAUUGGCCAAUUUAUCUCAAUUGUAUACGCAAAGAGCAUACAUGAGACCACUCGGGGUUGCAUUAACAUUAUGUCAGUUUGAUGAAGAAGAAGGAAGAGGCCCACAAAUAUUUAAGUGUGAUCCAGCGGGUUACUAUACUGGGGUUAAGGCCGUGGCCACUGGUCCUAAACAACAAGAAGCUACUACUUAUUUAGAAAAGAAGUUUAAGAAGGUUGAUUGUAUCAACGGUGAUUGGAAGGAAACUGUAGAGUUUUCUAUCAUUGCCUUGAGUAAUGUUGUUGGUACAGAAUUUAGAAAGAAUGAUAUUGAAAUUGGUGUAGCUAGCAAGGAUGGAUUCCGUAUUUUGUCCCCUGAAGAAAUCGACGAAAGAUUAGUGGCAAUUGCUGAAAGGGAUUAG